AGCGUGCUGCUGCUACGUUAAGCCGCUGCUGUUGCUUUAGAAAGGACUGAGAGGAAGCAGCGCUGCGAAUCGAAAGGGGGAUCCGAUUGCAGCCAUGCUGAAUCACAGGCGCUGAUUAAUUCUCCCAGCUUGCUGUACACAUCUCCGGGCGAACGGUGGGAGAAGCGGCAUUGCCUGAGGACUGGAGACGAGGGUACAUGCAGAGUUCAAGCUCUACUCCGGCUGCGGACAAUGGACGACGAAAGCAUCAAGAGGUGCCCUGAACCACCUGAGGCAGCUGAAGAUAAGGAUCAGCGAACUGUGACCAUCAAUCCUUGUCAUAUGGGAAAGGCAUUCAAAGUUAUGAAUGAAUUAAGGAGCAAGCGGCUUCUCUGCGAUGUGGUGAUUGUUGCGGAAGAUGUUGAGAUUGAAGCCCAUCGUAUUGUCCUAGCAGCCUGCAGUCCGUAUUUCUGUGCAAUGUUUACAGGAGAUAUGACUGAAAGCAAAGCAAAGAAGAUUGAAAUCAAAGAUGUUGAUGGGGUGACAUUAAGUAAACUGAUUGAUUACAUCUAUACAGCUGAGAUAGAAGUCACAGAAGAGAAUGUUCAGGUAUUGUUGCCAGCAGCCAGCCUACUGCAGUUAAUGGAUGUCCGACAAAACUGUUGCGAUUUUCUUCAAUCUCAGCUUCAUCCCACAAAUUGCCUUGGAAUCCGGGCCUUUGCAGAUGUGCAUACUUGCACUGAACUACUGCAACAGGCCAAUGCCUAUGCAGAGCAGCACUUUCCUGAGGUGAUGCUUGGCGAAGAGUUUCUCAGCCUUAGCUUGGACCAAGUUUGCAGUCUGAUAUCUAGUGACAAGCUCACAGUUUCGUCAGAGGAAAAGGUGUUUGAAUCUGUCAUUUCUUGGAUAAAUUAUGAAAAAGAGUCCCGCUUGGAACACAUGGCAAAGCUGAUGGAGCAUGUUCGUCUCCCUCUCUUGCCCAGAGAUUACCUUGUACAGACAGUUGAGGAAGAAGCUUUAAUCAAGAAUAAUAAUACAUGUAAAGACUUCCUUAUUGAGGCCAUGAAAUAUCACUUACUUCCUCUGGAUCAAAGGCAACUGAUAAAGAAUCCCAGAACAAAGCCAAGGACACCAGUCAGUCUGCCAAAGGUCAUGAUUGUAGUGGGUGGGCAAGCACCCAAAGCCAUUCGGAGUGUGGAGUGUUACGACUUUGAAGAGGAAAGAUGGGAUCAGGUAGCUGAGCUUCCUUCUCGAAGGUGUAGAGCAGGAGUGGUUUUCAUGGCAGGCAAAGUGUAUGCCGUGGGAGGUUUUAAUGGCUCGUUACGAGUCCGAACAGUAGAUGUAUACGAUGGCGUGAAAGACCAGUGGACGUCAAUAGCCAGCAUGCAAGAAAGACGGAGCACUUUAGGGGCUGCUGUGCUAAGUGAGCUUCUGUAUGCUGUUGGAGGAUUUGAUGGAAGUACAGGGUUGGCAUCUGUGGAGGCCUACAACUAUAAAACAAACGAGUGGUUCUUUGUGGCACCCAUGAAUACAAGAAGGAGCAGUGUUGGAGUUGGAGUCGUGGAAGGGAAACUGUACGCUGUUGGUGGUUAUGAUGGAGCAUCACGCCAGUGCCUUAGUACUGUGGAGCAGUAUAACCCAGCUACAAAUGAGUGGACCUAUGUGUCAGAUAUGAGUACUCGGCGUAGUGGUGCAGGUGUUGGUGUCCUCAGCGGGCAGUUGUAUGCAACAGGGGGCCAUGAUGGUCCUCUAGUAAGGAAGAGCGUGGAAGUAUAUGAUCCUGGAACAAAUACUUGGAAACAAGUGGCUGACAUGAACAUGUGUAGAAGAAAUGCAGGAGUGUGUGCAGUCAACGGGCUUCUCUAUGUGGUUGGAGGAGAUGAUGGUUCAUGCAAUUUGGCAUCAGUAGAAUAUUAUAAUCCAGUCACUGAUAAAUGGACAUUAUUACCCACUAAUAUGAGCACUGGAAGAAGUUAUGCCGGCGUUGCUGUGAUCCACAAGCCAUUGUGACACAUGCUGAAGUGAGUGCAGGGAAGAGAAAUGAAUGCCUGUCCAGCUUGGUGGCUUUUGGAAGAUACAGAUACCUGUCUCUUCGCCAGACAGGUGUAUGCAAAGACUAUCAGCCUUUGCCCAGUGAUGGGCAGUGCAGUCAUGUAAACGCCCUGCUGUUGAACAUAUUCUUGAAAUAUGGCAUUGCUUAUUUUUAUUGGUGCAAUCAGCUGUUUUAUGUACAGCUGGGAUUCAGUUCAGUUUAGUCUGAACUGAAUUCCCAAAGUGAAAGAAAAUGUUUCUCUAUAAUAUAUGACUGGGAGAAAUGUUAUAUUGGAAUACUUCACUACUGAAGUCUGCAUACACACUUACACAUUCUAGAACACAUUUCCUAUUUACUUAUCACAUCUGCUAGAGAAAUCUACUAAUGAGACUGGAAUUUUUAAAACACUGAUCAAAAGGACCUGGAAGAAAUAGAUUGGGAGCUCUGGCUUUUACAGUUCAUUGUGUUUGUCUUGUGUUUGUCCUGUGUACACAAACUGACUACUGUAAAUGUAUGAACUAGGGCACUGAAAGUGUACAUCGAGUGACUUUUCAUCCUAGUCACAGAACUGCAUUAGUAAUAGCUGUUUUGUAUAUAGGUUCAGAUAGGCCAGGAAGUGUCUUUUGCUGGGCCAAAAGCAUACUUCAGCUUCCCAAAGACCAAUCACUCCAUAAGAAUGCUGGGCUCAGAAGGGGUUUAUAUCCAUUUCAAAAUGAAUUCUGCUCAAAGCUGAUGUUUUAAAGAGGGAGGGGAGUCAUAAUUUUGUGCCUCUUGCCUACUACUAGCAGUUCAGAAAAUCCAAAGUCCAUCUGUUUUUCAGAGGCAUUAGGGACCAUGAGAGCAUGUUCUGAAAUAUCUACUGCAUUUGCCACCAGUUCCAGAAGCACCUGAAUUCAUUUUUUUAAACAAUUUAUUGCAAUAACAUAUCUUCAUUUGUCAUUAAAUGUUAGUACACAUAUAUAACAUUUUCUCCACCCCCCCCCCCCCAAGAAGCACCUGAAUCCUGUGGCAGAUUUGAGGUUCUCACCAGGCUCUGAAAACAGCAUCAUGUGCCAAGUCUUCUAAGCCCUGAGUCGUGCUGAUGUAAUCAUCAUGUGCCAAAGUUUAGCAGCUUCUGAGCAAAUAGGACUUCAGCUAGAUGGCCAGCAGACUGUCCAGAAAAUAAUGUGGUAAAUGCAAAUUGAAUUGAACCAACAGAAUCCAUCUACCCUCUCAUAUGCCUUACUCAUAUUUGGCUGAACAUCAGUAGCUGCCCAAGAGCAUAGUAAAAGCUUGUAGGUAUCUUGAUGUUUCCACCAUAUGGAUGUUUUUCUUACAACUUGCUUUAGCAGCUACCUUCCCCCUGCCCCCUGUUUGUGUUCUUGCAUAUGUAUAAAGAAACUACUUGAACUUUUGUUUUAAAAGGAAAGGGUUCUUAAUGUGUGUGUUUUUUUAAUAAAAAUUCCACAUCUCUACAUACAUGUCUAGGAACUUUACAUUGUCUUUUCUAUUGGAAACAAUGAUCAAACUGGAAUCUUUGUUCACCAAAAAGUUUUAAUGUUAUCACUUUUGCAUUGAUAAAUCCAACAACAACAAAAAUUGAGGGAAACAAUGAAAAGUGUCCCAUUCCUUCUCUUGCCCUCAUUCCCCAUAUUUGCAAAAGAGGUUUUCUGUUUCUUUUCCAAUGAGAAAGAAAAUCUAUCUGGUUGCUUUUAACAAGUGAUGUGAAGGGCUUAUAUCCAUUAAUUUGAAUUUUUUAAAAGCAAUGAUUGAUUUAAAAUAUCAGUGCUGUUUCUUAUGAUACCUGUUGUACUGAGACACAUAUAUCACAGUUCAAAACAUACUCUCUAAGCAUGGACAUACAGAAAUGACAUGUUCCCUUUAAAUUAUAUUUGAGUCUGAUGCUUGUCUGCUGUCUUUUUCAGAGAAAAAUGGCAGUUCUUACAAUGACUUGCUUCCGGCGGGGGUGGAGGGGGGAAAUCUUUUGUGGAGACCCUACAUCCAGUCUCCAUGUAUGAGGCAUGGUCUACACAAAGAGUAAAAUGAAAAGGCUGAAUGAAGUGACAGAGCUUCAUUCUAAGCUUCAGCCCAUCAAUAAAAGGGAUAUGCUAUGCUAUCUCAUUCUUUCUAAUGUGUUAAUUGAUAUGUGCAGCAAGGGACAUUGCAAAAGGUGGUUGGAUAUGGUACAGACCAUUUCACUUCCUCUGAAAUCUGCCUCUUAAUACUCAUUUUACCUGAAAUCUUGACUCGAUACAAACAGGAGUACAUGCAGGAGUGUCUGAUGGCGUGGAGGCUCUCGUGUUAUGCCUAGAGUCCAUAUGGUCAUUGGUUCUAGCUUUCAGAGUUAAUAGAUGCAGAAUCAGUGUUUUCACUGAACUCUAGGUGGACAAUGUGUAAUGUGUAGACUGGCACUCAAAGCCAUUACAUAUGAGACAUCAAACCCAUUAAUAGUGCCCUUGGAAUCAAUGUAUUCAUAGACCACACACCUCAUUUGAUAAUGUAGGUGUCUUCACGAAUGCACAUAGAUGGCGAAUGAUCUGCUUGUUUUCCCUGGCCAUCAAAGCUAUAUGCCAGUCCUAUUGCAGCUUUGACAGGUAGUGCAUUUUUGAGCUAACUUGGCUUAUACUCUGGACUGCUGCAAAGUGGUUGUUAGAUGUGCUGUGAGUGUCUUUGCUCUUUUUCUAAAACAGCACCUGUAUUUUCUUAUAGUCUUUGGAAAAAUCACAAAAGCCACUUAAUGUGCUGACUGUUCAUAAACAGUCAGGACUCUUCUGAAUGGCUUCGUUCUUGGCCAAGAUCCACUUACUAUCAAACAGUGUCUGUCACUCCUUCCAUGUGUAAACUUGCAAGCUAAUGCAAGUCAAGUGACCUCAUUUUUCAGCUAUGCAAUAUUAAUAAUUGCUACACAACAGACCAGCUGCAAUAGCUCCUUAAAGUGCUUUCAAAGUACCUUACAUUGUGUGUGCAUUUUUAAUGUUUUUUACUGUGCCAAUUCUGAGCAACUGAGCCAGAUCCUUUCAAAGAUUGCCUUUUAACAGGGCUUGAAAAAUAUAACUUUAGAUCUAACAGAUUUUAAUGUAGCUAUUUUUGUAAGAUAAUUCUAAAGAGUUCUCGGAUCUUUAUUCUGGUGGCAUUAUGAUUAGUGUCUAAUCCUUACACCAUGGGCCCAGUUCUCAUCAGCCAUUUAUGUAUGGUGAUUUGUAUAUUUUUGCAUGAAAAAGAGGUAGAAAAUCCUUUGGUUCCUCUUCAGUUCGUUAAAAGAACGCUGCAGGACUCAAUGUUAACAGUGCACCGUUACCUCUUAAUAGCGUUAUAGAUGGCUGGAUUUUUAAAAUAAAAUUAAAUAACUUUUACUUUUAUUGAUCCGCGGCUUGCUUGUUAGUUCAAACACCAAACAAAGAUAGUGUAUAGUCAAUUUCUGUCUUUCAUUUCUGAACAGAAUUGUGCAUUGACUCUUAAAUGCUGAUGAGAGAAGGUAAUUUAAUGGUGGCAUCAAGUUUGGUUGUCCUGUCAGUAUUUUUAUAAGUUUCCUCAGAACAUUUAUUUAUGAUAUCAUAGGUUUAAGUUCUGCAAAUAUUCUUGGAUGGAGUUUACUUCUAGUAUAAUCCUAGAAGCUGUAUCUAAAGGUCUGCUUGUGUGUGCGUUGUGCACAUGUACAUUUAGAUGGUUUGCAGGCCUUCUUUUUCAGGUUAUUUACUUUAUUUUGUCAACUUUCUAUCUCACCGUUCAGUUGUUUAACACACAAACUUCCAUCACAAUACUCUGCAAAAUGGACUUUAAAUUUCUCUUGAGUUCAAAAAGCAAUUGGGGGUAUUUAGCACAAGAGCAAAGGUAAACUGCCGCUGGCAAAUACUGUGUUUCCCCUGGGCUUCCCAUUCAAUUGCUCUCAUGGCAAAUCACUAACUUGCUUUUUGACCUUGUGGGAGUUUGGAAGAGCAGCUUGGAGAAAGAUGGUAGUGGUUCUGCGUGGUUAGCUUUUGAAAAGGAGACAUUCGUGUGGACAGGCUCCUUUCAUUCACAGCCCAAAGCAGAUGUGUGUUUGGAGAUAUGUUGAUAUAUUUAUACAAAAAAAAUUCAGAAAUGAAGCUAUUUUUGCUGCUUCAGUUUUUUAAAGUGUUUGAAUUAACUGCUUACUUUGUUUAAAUUUUGUGUUUAAAUUGGCUUGAGGAAAGCUAAUUUUCAGUCCACUUGGUUCAACUGGAUUCUUAUAUAUGACUGUGAUGCUUUGUAGCAUUGCGCAACAACGCAAGGGGAAUUUUCUUUUUUCUUUUUUGCACUAUUUGUACGUUCUAUUAUUUAGGGAGCUUACCAAACUGCUGCAUUUGCCCCUAAAGCUUACAAGAUUUUUUCUUUCAUUACCCCACAGGGCAAGUAAUACAAGUUGCAAUGUAAUACCAGUUGGUUUAUUUGAAACAUCGGUAUACGAUGUGAAAUUUUGAUUUUAAAAUAGCACUGUUUGAAUAUGACCAUUCUGUUCCACUGUCAUGCCACUUACUGGUUUGGUUUAACAGUUAAAGGGGUAACCUGUCAGUCUUGUAAAAAUUGUAACUAUCUGAAUAUUGCAUUGCUCAAAAUGUAUAGUGUUUGAGAAAUAUAGUGCAGACAUAAAAAUUCAGUGAUACAUCCUUUUGUUCAAAUUCUAAAUUAUUUUAUUUUUCUGUAGAGAGGCAAUAAAUGCUAAGAAGUUGUAUUUGUAAAUAUAUUGUAUAGAUAUGUUUUAAGACUAAUAAGAUUGUAAAGAGUUCUUGGAUACACAGUUUUAAAAAAUAAAAUAGACUGAGAUAAAACAA